CUUCAGCCGCGGACCUUGGCCCGGUCCCGCCGCGGUGGACCCGACAGCGCCGGUGGAGUCCGGGCGGAGGCCUUGCGGGCUGCAGUGGGAGGGUCAUGUCGGAGCCGCAGCCGCGGGGCGCCGAGCGCGACCUCUACCGGGACACGUGGGUGCGAUACUUGGGCUAUGCCAAUGAAGUGGGGGAGGCUUUUCGCUCGUUGGUGCCGGCGGCUGUGGUGUGGCUGAGCUAUGGGGUGUCCAGCUCCUACGUGCUGGCCGAUGCCGUUGACAAAGGCAGGAAGGCGGGAGAGGUGCCCAGUCCCGGAGGAGGCCGCGGCACCAGAGUGACCGUAGCUGUAGUGGACACCUUUGUGUGGCAGGCUCUGGCCUCCGUGGCCAUCCCUGGCUUCACCAUCAACCGUAUAUGUGCCGCCUCUCUCUACGUCCUGGGCACUGCCACCCGCUGGCCCCUGGCCGUCCGCAAGUGGACCACGACCGCGCUCGGGCUGCUGGCCAUCCCCGUCAUCAUCCACCCCAUCGACAGGUCGGUGGACUUCCUGUUGAACUCCAGCCUGCGUAAGCUCUAUCCAUCCGUGGGGAAGCCCAGCUCCUCCUGAGACCGCCCCGGUACCUGGCCUGCGGGUUGGCUCACUCCCACCAUGGGAAGUGGGGGCCAGGCUCCUCGGGGUCUGAGGCCCUGGCGCCUGCGUGGGUUUGAGCUGGACGGAAGCUUAGAGACGGGGGUUUCUGGGAGCAGCAGCUGCAGCGAGUCCCAGACGGAGGCGGGACCUGACCCCCCGGCUGCCUCCACGGACACUCUGUGACGCGGGUGGGGAGUGGCGCCGUCUUUGGCAGGGAAGUCACACCCUCCCGUGGGGGAUGAGGAGACGGAAGCCUGGGGAGGGCAAGGAAUGUGCCCGGGGUCACUCGGCAGGCUGGGCACCGGCUCUGCCGGCUGCUCGGCUGUCCCCCCCAUGGCGGUGCGGCUGGAUAAGGGGUAGCAGAUGCUCAGGGAGAAAGGCAGGAGCUGCAGUCCCCAGGACAGCUCAGGACACACUGUCCUUGCAGCCCUGCCCUGGCGCAGGGGCUGCUGGGGCCUGGCUGGUUGCCAGUCUUCGGGCAGCCGCAGGAAAUCUGUAAGAAGCUGAGUUUUCAGGUCAGAUGUUGUGGCACAGUGGUUGGAUCACCGCUUGGGAAGCCUGCAUCCCAUGUUGGAGUUUGCCUGGGAUCCAGUCCUGCCUCUUCUUGUUGUAAUGCAGCUUGGGAGGCAGCAGGUGGCGCUCAAGUACGUGGGUCCCUGCCACCCACGUGGGAGACCUGGGUGGAGUUCCAGGCUCUUGGCUUUGGCCUGGCCCAGCCGUGGCUGUUGCAGGCAUUUGGGAAGUGAAUCUGCUGUUGGAAAAUCCUCCUUCCUCUGUCUCUCUCUGUUGCUCCGCCUUUCAAAUAAAAAUAAAUAAAACGGAGAUAA